AUGCGACUGCUUUGGCGUCUGCUGCUGGCAGCGGCCGUCGUCGCCGCCGCACAAAAUGACUCGACGCUGACACUGCCACCGACGUCGACGCCACUCGUCACGUCGUCGCCCACGACCGAGCUACCGACGGCGGCACCGACGCCGGCGCCGACACCCGCACCGACGCCUGCGCCCACAGUGACACCGCUACCAACGACCGUGACAAUGCCGCCACUGCCAACGACCGCGCCGCCGACACCACCCACACCGCCACCAGUGACUACACGACCACCGCGCACACCGGUGCCCACCGAGGUGCCAACGGAAGCGCCCACCGUGGUGCCAACGGAAGCACCCACCGAAGCGCCAUCCACCGAAGCGCCGACACCCGAGCCAACGACCAAGGAUGCUGUCCCCACAAUGACGUUGUCGCCAACGACCGAGGUACCGUUGACGACAUCGCCGCCAACGGCGACACCAGCGCCCAAGGACGUUCUACCCAGCGUCGCGCCGAUCAAAGAAGAGGCGAGCACCGUCCGCCCGUCGACCACCGUGACGCCGCUGUCCAAGACGUCGGCGGCGACACCGGACAGUGCUUCGUCGCUGCCGCUCAUUUUAGGGCUCACGGGCGGCGUCGCGGUCGUCGGUAUUCUCGUCGCCGUCUUCAUUUACCGUCGGUCCAACAAGGAGCGCGAGUCGUCGGCGGCGUUCAAAGCGCCGGAUAACGGCGAGCCGUACGGCGGUGGCGUCUCGCCCAGCAUGCACCGGACGCACAACAGCUCGAUCCACAACACGACCUUUCUGGGCAGCAAUGCGCCGUUUCCGCGACGCGCGCCGUCGUCCAACCAGACACCAGUCCAUGCGCUCACGUCGUCGCCGAUGCGGAGCAACCAAGCGCUCUGGGACGUGCUCUUGGGCCGCGACACGAUCACGAGCAACCAGUCGCCCAACGUGCCCGUCCAGUUUGGUGGGUCGUCCAUCGCGAGCUCGUCCGUCGGGCCUGGCACGUAUUCGGAGAGCCACUUGAGCAGCUUUGACUCGUCGCGCGGCCCGAGCAGCCACGCGAUCUCCGAGUGCUCGGACAUUUACCCGAGCUCAGGCUCGCUCUUCCGCAUGUCGUCGCUGCAUGCGGGCAGCGAGUCGAGUGAGGACAUGAUCGAAAUGGAGUUGUAG